AUGACUGAGGGCAGCUGCACCGCGUCCUCCUGCGUCUUUCUCGUCUCACCGCCGACGUGUCCUCGCAGCGACCCGUCCCAGAGCGACCCGGACACCAGGGACUUCUGGUUCAACAUGCAGGCGCUGCAGCUCCACGUGCAGAGGGAGGCCGAGCUCAACCCCCAGGCGUCGUACUACAACGUCGCCGUGCUCAAGUACCAGGUGUCUUCUCAGGACCCGGGCCGCGCUCCUCUGCUGCUGUCGGCCGAGUGUCAGCGCAGCGGCACGGUGACCCGGGUGUCCCUGGACUAUCACUGCUGCCCGGCCACGGCGCCCUCCACCCAGCUCACCGCCGUGCAGGUCCUGCUGCCUCUGGACCACACCGCCUCAGACCUGCAGUGCCAGCCGCCGGCCUCCUGGUGAGCAGCGGCCGUGG